AUGUCUACUGCGGUCCGGAUUUGUGUCUGCGGCGACGAGGGGACAGGCAAGUCUAGCCUGAUCGCAUCCCUCGUCAAGGACGUUUUCGUCUCCAACAAGAUACAAGCGGUACUUCCCCAGGUCACUAUCCCGCCAACGACUGGCACACCCGAAAAUGUCACCACCACCAUCGUCGAUACGUCCGCCCGCCCCCAAGACCGAACAACCCUGCGCAAGGAGAUCCGAAAAUGCAACGUGAUCCUACUGGUCUACGCCGACCACUACAGCUACGAGCGCGUUGCCCUCUUCUGGAUGCCCUAUUUUCGCUCGCUUGGGGUCAACGUCCCGGUGGUACUGUGUGCCAACAAGUCCGACCUGGCCGGGACGGAGAAUACACCACAGGUGAUCGAGGAGGAGAUGUUGCCGGUGAUGGCCGAGUUCAGGGAAAUCGAUUCGUGCAUCCGGACCAGCGCCAAGGAGCAGCACAACGUCAUCGAGGUCUUCUACCUCUGCCAAAAAGCUGUCACCCACCCGAUUGCGCCGUUAUACGACCAUAAGGAAGGACAGCUCAAGCCGGUGUGUACCGCUGCGCUAAAGAGGGUGUUUUACCUAUGCGACAAGGACCAAGACGGGUAUCUAAACGACGACGAGAUGCAGGAGUUUCAAAUCAAGUCAUUUGAUAAACCCCUUUCGCCCGGAGAACUCGAGAAUAUCAAGGCAGCCGUGGGGAAAGCUGUGCCAUCGGCGAGGUCGGAGAAGGGACUGAAUCUACCUGGGUUCUUACAGUUGAAUAAGCUGUACGCAGAAAAGGGGCGCCACGAAACAAUUUGGAUCAUCCUGAGGAAACACCACUACACAGACAGUUUGAGCCUAGAGGAUAAUUUCCUACAUCCACGAUUCGAUGUCCCAGACUACGCCUCAGCGGAACUCAGCCCAGCCGGGUACCGCUUCUUUAUGGACCUCUUUCUCACCUUUGACAAGGAUAGCGAUGGCGGGCUCAACGAUCAGGAGCUGGCCGCGUUAUUUGCUCCCACCCCUGGUCUACCGCACUCCUGGGUCGAAACGUCGUUCCCGUCAUCUACCGUUCGGAAUGAGGCUGGUCAUAUCACGUUACAGGGUUGGCUCGCCCAAUGGAGCAUGACAACCUUUUUGGAACCCAAAACUACACUGGAAUACUUGGCUUACCUUGGAUUCGAAGGCCCCAACGCAUGGGAUUCCACCACCGCCGCUCUCAAGGUUACAAAACCACGCAAGCGCAGGCGGCGACCGGGCCGUGUCGAGCGUAAUGUGGUCCUCUGCUACCUCCUCGGUUCUGCCGCCUCCGGAAAAUCCUCCCUCCUCGACGCUUUCCUCAACCGACCUUUCGACUCUCUCUACCAUCCCACCAUAAAACCUCGCCGCGCCGUCAACAGCGUAGAGCUCCACGGCGGCAAACAAUGUUACCUCAUUCUCGAAGAGCUCGGCGAGCUCGAACCCGCCAUCCUCGAAAACCAAGCCAAGCUCGACGCUUGCGACCUCAUCUGCUACGCCUACGACUCCUCCGAACCAGACUCCUUCUCCCAUAUCGUCGACCUGCGCAAACGCUACCCUCAUCUCGACGAGCUCCCGGCGAUCUACACCGCGCUCAAAGCCGACCGCGACAAGACCACGCAGCGCAGCGAGCUGCAGCCCGACGCCUAUACCGCGGCCCUGAACAUGUCGGCCCCUCUGCACGUUAGCGUUACCUGGUCGAGCAUUAGCGAGUUGUUUGUGGCGCUGGCCGAGGCAGCCACCAACCCGAGUACAGCAUUCCCCAAGUCGGAGGAACCGCCGGACCGUACGAGCUUGUAUAUGGCCCUCGGCGCGACGUCGUGUGCCGCACUAGCUGUAUUUAUGAUUUGGCGUCGGUCGACGAAUUCUACGUAG